CAAACAUCAGAAGAAUGGCUGCGAACACAUAGUAUAGAGUUUCAAAAACUAACUCUUCAAGACCUAGUUGAUAAAGGUAAAAUUGGCAGACUGCAUCCUGAUAAACAGACUGGUAAAGUUAAUCAACAUAUACAGUUUGAUGGUAUGGAUGUUAAUGAGUUUGAGUAUAGAAUAAAUACAGCUAUAGAACAAUAUACUAAAAGAAUAAAGUGGUUGUUACAGGGUAGUAAAAGGGUAUUUGGUAAUGUUGGAGGUAAAAAUAUUGGUAUUUGUAUUGAUGCCUCAGAAGUCAGUAUGGGGUAUGGACGACUCACUGCCUUGAAAGAGUCAUUGAUACAUUUAAUAGAUGAACAGUUAUCCAAGAAAUCAUCAAUGUAUGUUCUAACAUUUGGUUCUGAUAUAGAUCCAUUGUGGCCUGUAGUCAGAGAUAUUAAUGACAGAGUAACCGAAGAUGCUAAAGAAUGGGUUAUGAGACUAGGACCAUCUGGUGGUUGUAAUGCUUUAAAAGCUAUACAGAAAGUCAUGAAAUUGAAAGAUUUAGAUAUGAUUUUAUUUAUAUUAGGAUCUGUACCUGACCAAGCUACAGAGAAACUCUGUGAUUUUACCCAUCAACUUGGAGUAGGGAGACAUAUGCCUAUACAUUGUGUAGCUUAUGAUUGUUCCGACCAUUUAACCAAUGUAACACUACGCAAUAUGGCAGAAACAUCACGAGGAAAAUAUCAUUGUUAUACAGCUAACUGUGAGAUCUACAGUGGUACUGAUAUAAGUUUAUUGUUAAAAGAAAUUCACCGUUGUCAAGAUAUUCUGGGUAAAAUAAAAGAAAUGAGACAAGGAAUGAUGGGUACUGCUUUAAUUAGUAUUAUGAAUGAGAUAACAGCUGAAGUAGCCAAACUACCACAAUCUAGAUUUUUACCUAGACCACCAGGACACGAAGAUCCUCUCAGAAUUGAGAUUCCGAAAUUUCAUAUCCGAGGAUCUAGGGACUGGUUAAAACAGCAUGGUUUGAAAGCCAAAAGAUUACAUCUAUACCAAGUACUAGCACCUAAUGCCUACGCCUUUAAAGAAGAAUAUAUUCCAAUUAUUAAUAAGGCUGUACAGUCUCAAGUACAUGAGAAAGCUAUGGUACAGUUUCCGUGGCAUGAUGGAUCUAUUAAGAACAUCCAUGUUAAUAUGUCACAGUUAUUUGAGUAUCAGAAACAGUUGAAGGCAGCAGUGAGUUUGUUUGAAAGACGUGUAGACUGGCUCGCUAGUGGUAGUAGAAGAAUCUUUGGUACUAUCACUGAGAAAAAUGUGGUAAUAUUGAUAGAUACCUCAGUUUCAAAUAUCAAUUAUUUAGUUCAUAUGCAACAUUCUAUUCGAUUAUUGAUGGAACAACAGAUAGGAAAUAAAGAAUACUUUAAUAUCAUUACAUUUGGAAGUGAAAGUAAAGCUUGGAGACCAACAAUGGUAAAACCUACAUUAGAAAAUCUUCAAGAUGCUUGGAAAUUUGUACUGGACAUACAAUGUGGUGGAAGUAGAAAUUUCCUCUCAGCUUAUAGAAGAGCUGUAGAAAACGAUGAUGAAAUUAAACAUCAUAUAAAUGUUCAAGGUAUAUAUUUAUUUACCAGUGGUGUACCAGAUCAAACCCAGGAUGUAGCUGGGGCGUAUAUAGAGGAGAUGAAUUGUGGUCGACAUAUUAAACUACAUUCUAUAUUAUUUAAUGUUGAUGAUUAUAAUGCUGAAGGAGCCAUACCUGGACGCUAUGCUAAUAUUACACGAACUGCCGAAUGUUUGAGAAACUUGGCCCACUGUAGUACUGGUAGAUUUCAUUGGUUUAGAGAAACAGGUAUAAUUGAAAGUGAUGAUAUACAAGAUAUAAAUACUGAAAUAGAUAAAGCUUUAAAUUUCUCCUCUAAAUGUGCCAUGUUGGUAGAAUCAGUUAAACGGAAAUAUAAAGAUAGAUUUGUAAGUUAUACCAGUACAUAUAAGAUUGGAAAAAUAAAAGCCUUGCCCCAACCACCAUCGUUUAAAAUGAGGGCACUACCCCCCUCUCCCUAUAAACCUAGGAUAGAAGAUACACCAGGACGAGACAGACCAUUAUCAGCUAAAGAUCCUAUGCAGAGAGUUCGUUCUAGCAGUGGUCAUAGAAGAACAGCCUCCUCCUCGCAUUUCUUUAUAGAUGAUAAAAAAAAUAAUAUAGGAACUGUAAUUGAUAAAAUUCCCAGUCAGAAAUCAAUCCGUAAAGCAUUUGUUAGACCUAUUAUACCAGAAUUAGACGACAAUGUUUCAACAAAACAGUGGAUGAGACUCUACAGUCUAGGGAAGUUAAAACUAGAUUUAAACAGAUUUGUAUCAGGACCCGAUUGUAAACAUGUAGAGAAAAGUGUAAAAACUUUAAACAAACCAGUUUCAGCCAAAUAUUGCCAUAUUUUCCCGUCAGUAAAUAUCCGAGGAACUAUUAAACAUCUACAGCUAUUACCCCAUGAAAUGGAGGAUUAUGAGACUAAUAUAGAGAAAGUUUUAUGUCGUUAUUUAAAACGAUUACAAUGGCUUCUCAGUGGCAGUAGAAGAGUAUUUGGUACUAUUGUACAUAAAAGAUGCGUAUUUUUGGUUGAUACAUCUGGUUCUAUGAUGUCUAGAAUGGAGGAGUUAAAAAAAGAAAUGGCUGCCUUAGUGUGGGAACAACUCAAUAAACAUAACAUACAAUUUAACUUGAUAAGUUUUUCUGGUAAUUGUGAAACAUGGAGAGAUUGUAUACAGGUAGCUAAUGAAGAGAAUUGUCAUGAUGCUGUAGAAUGGGCUUCAGUAUUAACAGCUGAGGGCAAUACAUGUACAUUAGAGGCCUUACAGCUGGCAUUUGAUGAUCCUGAUAUAGAAGCUAUCUAUAUGUUGACUGAUGGUAAACCAGAUACCAGUACGUCUCUAGUACUACGUGAAGUUAUGGCUAUGAAUGAAGAAAGAAAUAUACCAGUCAAUACUAUUUCUUUUAACUGUUCUGAUAGCACUGCCAACAGUUUUCUCCAGUUACUUGCCAAUGAGACUGGAGGAAGGUAUCACAGAUGUCCUCCAAAUUUCGAUGCCCAACUUUUUGCGCACAAACUUUUAUCAGAAGGCUUGGGUGACACUGAGUAUCCUCAUCUACCCCAGUUUGAAGGAGAUGAUCUUCAACGUCUUGGUGCUGAAAUAUCUUUAGCCAGAAAAUACCUGGCUCAAUCACGCUCUUUCAGGUAA